AUGAGGGUGCAGCCAGGACAGACCUGGGCCCAUGUGGCUGCUGUGGAGGGUCCUGUGGUGAAGGACCCUGUUUGGACGCAGCGCCCAGGCGGCCUGGUCAGGGCCAGCUGUGUGGGGACCCUGUUUGGACGCAGCGCCCAGGCGGCCUGUGCCCAGGCGGCCUGGUCAGGGUCAGCUGUGUGGGGACCCUGUUUGGACGCAGCGCCCAUGCGGCCUGGUCAGGGCCAGCUGUGUGGGGACCCUGUUUGGACGCAGCAUCCAGGAGGCCUGCUCUGCGCUGCCUUCCGCUCUGUCUGUGGGGGCCUCCCUGAUGCCUCUGUGCCGUUUUCCCGAUGCCCACUCUCUCGGAGGAGUGGUAACUCUCACUUCUGUGUGUCCAGGCUGACGGGCAGCGAGCCGCUGACCAUCCUCCCACUGACCCUGGAGCCUGAGUCCGCGGCCGCCAAGGCGCACUACAAGGCCUGUGACCGACUGAAGCUGGAGCGGAAGCAGAGACGCAUGUGCCGCCGGGACCCGGGGGUGGCCGAGACGCUGGUGGAGGCCAUCAGCAUGAGCGCCCUCGAAUGCCAGUACCAGUUCCGUUUCGAGAGGUGGAACUGCACCCUGGAGGGCCGCUACCGGGCCAGCCUGCUCAAGCGUGGCUUCAAGGAGACGGCCUUCCUGUACGCCAUCUCCUCGGCUGGGCUGACGCACGCCCUGGCCAAGGCCUGCAGUGCGGGCCGCAUGGAGCGCUGUACCUGUGACGAGGCACCCGACCUGGAGAACCGUGAGGCCUGGCAGUGGGGCGGCUGCGGGGACAACCUCAAGUACAGCAGCAAGUUCGUCAAGGAAUUCCUGGGCCGCAGGUCGAGCAAGGACCUGCGGGCCCGCGUGGACUUCCACAACAACCUUGUGGGCGUGAAGGUGAUCAAGGCCGGGGUGGAGACCACCUGCAAGUGCCACGGCGUGUCGGGUUCCUGCACGGUCCGGACCUGCUGGCGCCAGCUGGCGCCCUUCCACGAGGUGGGCAAGCACCUGAAGCACAAAUACGAGACUGCACUCAAGGUGGGCAGCACCACCAACGAGGCCACAGGCGAGGCGGGUGACAUCUCGCCCCCUCGAGGCCGGGCGCCGGGGACGGGUAGCAGCGACCCACUGCCUCGCACCCCCGAGCUGGUGCACCUGGACGACUCGCCCAGCUUCUGCCUGGCCGGCCGCUUCUCCCCGGGCACCGCGGGCCGCAAGUGCCACCGUGAGAAAAACUGUGAGAGCAUCUGCUGCGGGCGCGGCCACAACACGCAGAGCCGGGCGGUCACGCGGCCCUGCCAGUGCCAGGUGCGCUGGUGCUGCUACGUGGAAUGCAAGCAGUGUACGCAGCGGGAGGAGGUCUACACCUGCAAGGGCUGAGCCGCCGCCCCCUCGCCGAGGGCCCUGAGCUGGGAGGUGGCUUCGGUCUCAGUAGCCACUCUGCUUUUGACCUGGGACCCAUGAGGGUCCCUUUCUUGGCCUCAGCUUUCCCCAUCCCGUGACCCGAGAGCGUUGAGCUGAUGCUACUCCUGCUGCCGCUCGUCCCUGAAAUGCCACAUCCCGAGGGCCGAGAGAUGGGCCCCUGUCUGCC